CCCACUGUGCGUGUGUAAUCUUGUGCUCAAAGCAUCGCGCCGCACGUCCGUCAUCUCAAGCGCGUUCUCGCUUUUAAACAGGUACACUCGCGCCCCCUCAUCAAUUCUGCGGGCUUCCUCUGCGCACGACGCUAAAAACGAGAGAGAAGCAGGGAGGAAAUAAAGAAAAGGUAGAUACACGAAUAGAGAGACGGGAGUGAUGAAGGUGCGAGCGGCGGUGUUUUGCGGGGCUUGGCUUCUGCUGGCCCUGGCCUCGGGCGGGGAUGCUGCGGGCGACGGAGCCAUCUCGUUUGAGUACCACCGAUAUGAGGAGAUGCGGAAAGCGCUCGUGUCGGUGUGGCUGCAGUGCCCGUCCAUCACCCGCAUCUACACGGUGGGCGAGAGUUAUGAGCGCCGAGAGCUGCUGGUGCUGGAAAUGAGCGACAACCCCGGGAUCCAUGAACCUGGUGAACCGGAGUUCAAGUACAUUGGGAACAUGCACGGCAAUGAGGCUGUGGGCAGAGAGUUGCUUAUUUAUCUGGCUCAGUAUCUGUGUAAUGAGUACCAGGCGGGCAAUGACACCAUCAUCGACCUGAUCCACUCCACACGCAUUCACAUCAUGCCCUCAAUGAAUCCUGACGGCUUUGAAAAGGCCGCCUCACAGUCUGGAGAAAUGAAGGACUGGUUUGUGGGUCGCAGCAAUGCUCAAGGCAUUGAUCUGAACCGGAACUUUCCAGACCUCGAUCGCAUUGUCUACAUGAACGAAAAAGAGGGAGGAGCCAACAACCACCUCCUUAAAAACAUGAAAAAAGCCGUGGAUGAAAACACCAAGCUGGCUCCAGAAACCAAGGCCAUCAUUCACUGGAUCAUGGACAUACCAUUCGUCCUCUCAGCCAAUCUUCAUGGAGGUGAUGUGGUGGCCAACUACCCCUAUGAUGAGACACGCAGUGGCUCCACUCAUGAGUAUAGCACCAGUCCAGAUGAUAUGGUGUUUAAGACUUUGGCAAAGUCCUAUUCCAGCUUCAACCCAGUGAUGUCUGACCCAAACCGACCACCGUGCCGCAAGAAUGACGAUGACUCCAGCUUUAAAGAGGGCAUCACCAAUGGAGGAGCCUGGUACAGUGUUCCUGGAGGUAUGCAGGACUUUAACUAUUUGAGCAGUAACUGCUUUGAGAUUACUCUGGAGCUGAGCUGUGAUAAGUUUCCUCCUGAGGACACACUCAAACAGUACUGGGACCAGAACCGCAACUCACUUGUCAACUACAUAGAGCAGGUUCAUAGGGGAGUGACUGGAUUUGUGCGUGAUCUCCAGGGCAGCCCCAUUUCCAACGCCUCUAUCUCUGUUGAAGGCAUUGACCACGACAUCACCACAGCUAAGGAUGGCGAUUAUUGGCGUUUGUUGGCUCCUGGUAACUACAAAGUUACAGCAGCCGCUCCUGGAUACCUCACCGUGGUCAAGAAAGUGGCUGUUCCUCACAGCCCCGCUACACGGGUGGAUUUCGAGCUGGAGUCAAUGGAAGAGAGGAAAGAAGAAGAGAAAGAGGAGCUCAUGGACUGGUGGAAGAUGAUGUCAGAGACCCUCAACUUUUAAACAAGCUGCAGCUGGCAAGCUUACUGGGUGUAAAAUAUUUAUUGUUGUCAUAUGUUCUUCAACUUAAAUAUAUCAUUCUGUUUAUUUGUUCUUUUUGAAUGUUUUAUGUUAGAGGCACUGCAUCCGGACUUUAUAACAGCCAUAAUACACAUACAUGUUGACAAAGACAAAGCUGGUAUAGUUGGUCCACAAAAUGUAUUGUUGGAUAAAUGAUCUGCGUCCUUGUAUAUAUGGAUGAAUACACGGAUUGACACUGAAUCGAAUGCUACAGUGUUUAGUCAUGGUAAAGUGCCCCUACGGUAAAGUUGAUCUAUUGCUGGGUUUUUGCAAUUUUGAUCAACCUAGUUAUUCAUAAAAUAUAAACACGCAUAACACAGACAGUUAAUAUUGUGGAAGCCGUUUGACUGAUCUAUAUUUUGUAACGUUGUGUUUUACGUUGAUAUUGUGCUAUGUUUUGUAGCUAUUGUCAUCAAUCACACCAACCAAUCAGAGAGCACUGUGUUGUGAUGAAUGUACGUGUCAGCAAUGAUUAUUACUAUUUAUUCUGAUUGUGACUGAUUAUGACUGAAGCCUAUGUAGUCGACACUCAUUUACGCCUGAUCAUAAUCUCUUUCUGUACAGACACUGUCUUGUGAGUUUAAAAAAGUUAUGCUUGAUGUUUUUAAUGGGAGUGCUUUUGAUAAACCUAUUUCCUGUUUACUAAUGCUUUGAUAAGUUCACUUUAACUGAACAGCAGGUACGAAUUAAAUGGAAGAGGUUAUCGACUGAACUCCUACCUUAUAUUAAAUAAUAAUGAACAUAUAAUAGAUAAUAGCUAUAAACUUGUAUUAUCUAUGUUUGUAAAAUUUCAGUUAAUAAAACAGCAGAUUUUAAUGGCACAAAUAUGUUUAUUGAAAUGUACGGAGGGAUCCGAAGGUUUUGUAAUCUAUAUACCAAAAUGCACAAACGUGCCCUGUACGGUACUGUCUGCAAUCUUAUUGAAUAUUCAAUGAUAUAUUGUUCCUUUUUGUCAGCUUCAUUAUAAUUACUGAAUUUCUGUACUAUACAAUGCCACGUUCGAAGGUAAAUGCUAAAUAAUUCAAUAUAAUGAUGAAAUCUAUCUUUUCACAUGUCAACUCUAUUAAACUUCUACUUAUCAAAAUGAAACCUAAAGCUUAAACCUAAAAUAUUAGUGUCAUAAAAUGGCAUUUUAAGUCAGCUUAAAUAUUUCUUAUCUGAAACAUCAAUGGAAGUUCUUGUAAAUGAAUGUAAUGAUGGUUAAAUUAAACUAAAUUCACAAACAAAAAUAAAUGUCCCUUUCUGUUGUCA